AUGGGUCUUUUGGAAAAUGCCAGUGCUGCACUGAGCAUCUCGAGAGCACCGCUGAUUGCUGUGUUUGAAGAACAAGAACCACUCCACAAGAUUGAGAGCCCCAGUGGAAACCCUACAGAUCGGCAAAGCCCAGAUGCUUUUGAAACAGAAGUGGCUGCCCAACUGGCUGCGUUUAAACCAAUUGGUGGGGAAAUUGAAGUGACCCCUUCUGCUCUGAAACUAGGUACUCCACUGCUGGUGAGGAGAAGCAGUGACCCAGCGCCAGGCCCACCUGCUGAUUCCCAGCCAAGCACUUCACACCCUGGUGGCCAGAGUCUGAAACCUGUUGUUCCAGAUUCCAUGCAGAACUUGGAAGACAGCGAAGUUAUGAAUGGUGUACAGACAGAACUACAAACAUCGCCCAAAAUUAAGGAUGCAUUGAG